AUGCAUUUUUUGCCUGCCAUCCAACCGUCCACGUGUCGUCCAUCCCCCAUCCCUUGUUGCGCCCGCCGCAGCAUUAUCCGCGCGCAGCAUCUGGGCGGGGAGCUCUCCGCGUCCAUAGGCGCACUGAGCGGGCUGGAGGAACUCGAGCUGAGCGAAACAGCCAUCGGUGGUAACCUGCCUUCGCAGCUCGGCCAACUGACUGCUCUCACCUCAUUCAUCGUGUGGCGCAACGCGUUCACGGGGGAGGUGCCCGCGGAAGUGGAUCAGAUGACGGCGCUGCGCCGCCUGGAUCUGUCAGGCAACCAGCUAGCGGGCAGCAUCCCGUUGCUGCUCUCGCUCACCAACCUCAUGGCCCUCAAGCUAGCCAACAACUCGUUCGAGGGCCAUCUCCCCCAGUCCCUCAACACGCUCCGCAAGCUCGAAAUGAUCGAUCUGGGAGGCAACAACUUGACCGGGCGGGUGGCGGAGAACCUAGCGACGCUGAAGCGCCUGCUGCACGUCGACCUCAGCAACAACUCCCUCGGAGGCACCUUCCCCCGCGCGCUCUCCGUCAACCGCCGCCUCACCUUCCUCAACCUGGCGGGCAACCGCUUCCACGGGCGACUGCCAUGGCCCAUCUCCAAGAACAUGAUCUCUCUGGUGCUGGCGAGCAACCGGUUUGAGGGCAACGUGCCGUGGCAGUGGGGGCAGCUGCAGGACCUCGAAACACUGGAUGUGAGCAGCAACAACAUCAGCGGCACCAUCCCGCUGUCCCUCGCUCACUGCACCCGCCUCCACACGCUGCUGCUACAGAACAACAACCUGAGUGGCGAGGUGCCGAUGGGCCUGGCAGCCCUGCCGCUGCAGCAGCUGAGCGUGGCGGACAACGCCCUGCACGGCCACGUCAAUGCCUCCUUCCACCACCUGCCGCUCGCCAGCUUCGAGGGCAACCCCGAACUGUGCGUGGACCUCGCCGGCACGGGGCGGUGCAGUGUGGUGCUGCAACGCCACGGCGCCCCUCCGCACAUCGAGCAGCGCCGCGCGUGCGCGCACGGGCAGGUGGAGCUGUGCUCGUGCGCGGACGGCGCGCAGGGGCAGCGCGCGUGCGUGGACGCCAAGGGCUUCACCGCUUGCAUGUGCCCCUCCGCCCCCUUGGAGGGUGCCUCCAGCUUCCCAGCACCCACAUCAGCAGCGGCGGUGGCGGCGGCGGUGGUGCUGGUUCUCGCGCUGGUGGUGGCGCUGGUGGUGGCUGCUGUGUUGGCGCUGAGAGGGGGGCUGCGCCGCACCCGGCCAGGCGCGUGGCAGUAUGCUGGCCGCACCACCAAGGGUCAGUUCUACGACCCGGACGACCUGGAGGGGUACUCAGUGGUGCCGCCAUUCUCCGCGCUGCUGUCCUCGCUGCCCUCCUCCCUCGCCUCCAUCUCCUUCUUCUCCUCUCUCAAGCCCUCCCGCACCGCCACUGCCAGCACCACCGCCACCACCAGCGCCACUGGAAAGUCUUCCUCUUUCGAGGCAGCAGCAGCGGCUGCAGCGGCAAAGAAGGGCCGAGCGGCGGCAGGGGCAGGGGCGACAGGCGGCAGUGCGGAUGGCGCGGAUGGCGGGAGUGGGGAGGGGGGCGUGGGGAGCAGUGCGCUUGCGACUGCUGCUGCCAUCGCAAGGCGGCUAGGCGGACCCACGGCAGCAACGCACCUCACAAUGCGCCAGUUCACCCUGGAAGAGCUCUCACGGGCCACCAACGCCUUCCACUCUGACUCGCUCCUCGCCACGCACGGCACCUGCCGCUCCUUCACCGGCCACCUCCCCCCCUCCCUCCUCUCCUCCUCCGCCUCUGCCUCCUCCUCCUCUUCCUCCGCCUCGCCUGACCCAGCGUCAGCCAUGCAAGCGGAGGGCAGUGAGGGGGCGGGGAUAGUGAUGAAGGAGGUGGAAGGGUCAGAGGGCGAGACGGCAGCAGCGUUUGCAGCGGCCGUGGAGGUGUUUGCGUUUGUGCGCUGCCCAAACCUCGUGGAGGUGCUCGGCUGCUGCUGCACCCCGCUGCCGGCCCCUGCUGCUGCCGCUGAUGCUGGCGCUGGUGGUGCUGGUGGGGGUGUGGGGAGUGGGAGUGGGAGUGGAGCGGGCAGGGGACCCAAGGUGUUGGUGUAUGAGAUGGCACCCAAUGGCACACUCGACAUGCACCUGCAUGGUGGGUGCUGCACGCACACACUGUCACAUGCACCCCUUCCCUCUCCCCUUCUUCCAUACUUUCCCCUCACUCUCGCUCAUUUCCCACCAUUCCUCUUUUAUACAUCCAUUGCCGUCCGCGUCACUGCUGACUGCUUCCCUGCCGCUGUCUCUCACCUGCGCAGCCCUGCCUCUGGCCUCUGCGUGCUGUCUCUCACCUGCGCAGCCCUGCCUCUGGCCUCUGCGUGCUGUCUCUCACCUGCGCAGCCCUGCCUCUGGCCUCUGCGUGCUGUCUCUCACCUGCGCAGCCCUGCCUCUGGCCUCUGCGUGCUGUCUCUCACCUGCGCAGCCCUGCCUCUGGCCUCUGCGUGCUGUCUCUCACCUGCGCAGCCCUGCCUCUGGCCUCUGCGUGCUGUCUCUCACCUGCGCAGCCCUGCCUCUGGCCUCUGCGUGCUGUCUCUCACCUGCGCAGCCCUGCCUCUGGCCUCUGCGUGCUGUCUCUCACCUGCGCAGCCCUGCCUCUGGCCUCUGCGUGCUGUCUCUCACCUGCGCAGCCCUGCCUCUGGCCUCUGCGUGCUGUCUCUCACCUGCGCAGCCCUGCCUCUGGCCUCUGCGUGCUGUCUCUCACCUGCGCAGCCCUGCCUCUGGCCUCUGCGUGCUGUCUCUCACCUGCGCAGCCCUGCCUCUGGCCUCUGCGUGCUGUCUCUCACCUGCGCAGCCCUGCCUCUGGCCUCUGCGUGCUGUCUCUCACCUGCGCAGCCCUGCCUCUGGCCUUCUGCGUGCUGUCUCUCACCUGCGCAGCCCUGCCUCUGGCCUCUGCGUGCUGUCUCUCACCUGCGCAGCCCUGCCUCUGGCCUCUGCGUGCUGUCUCUCACCUGCGCAGCCCUGCCUCUGGCCUCUGCGUGCUGUCUCUCACCUGCGCAGCCCUGCCUCUGGCCUCUGCGUGCUGUCUCUCACCUGCGCAGCCCUGCCUCUGGCCUCUGCGUGCUGUCUCUCACCUGCGCAGCCCUGCCUCUGGCCUCUGCGUGCUGUCUCUCACCUGCGCAGCCCUGCCUCUGGCCUCUGCGUGCUGUCUCUCACCUGCGCAGCCCUGCCUCUGGCCUCUGCGUGCUGUCUCUCACCUGCGCAGCCCUGCCUCUGGCCUCUGCGUGCUGUCUCUCACCUGCGCAGCCCUGCCUCUGGCCUCUGCGUGCUGUCUCUCACCUGCGCAGCCCUGCCUCUGGCCUCUGCGUGCUGUCUCUCACCUGCGCAGCCCUGCCUCUGGCCUCUGCGUGCUGUCUCUCACCUGCGCAGCCCUGCCUCUGGCCUCUGCGUGCUGUCUCUCACCUGCGCAGCCCUGCCUCUGGCCUCUGCGUGCUGUCUCUCACCUGCGCAGCCCUGCCUCUGGCCUCUGCGUGCUGUCUCUCACCUGCGCAGCCCUGCCUCUGGCCUCUGCGUGCUGUCUCUCACCUGCGCAGCCCUGCCUCUGGCCUCUGCGUGCUGUCUCUCACCUGCGCAGCCCUGCCUCUGGCCUCUGCGUGCUGUCUCUCACCUGCGCAGCCCUGCCUCUGGCCUCUGCGUGCUGUCUCUCACCUGCGCAGCCCUGCCUCUGGCCUCUGCGUGCUGUCUCUCACCUGCGCAGCCCUGCCUCUGGCCUCUGCGUGCUGUCUCUCACCUGCGCAGCCCUGCCUCUGGCCUCUGCGUGCUGUCUCUCACCUGCGCAGCCCUGCCUCUGGCCUCUGCGUGCUGUCUCUCACCUGCGCAGCCCUGCCUCUGGCCUCUGCGUGCUGUCUCUCACCUGCGCAGCCCUGCCUCUGGCCUCUGCGUGCUGUCUCUCACCUGCGCAGCCCUGCCUCUGGCCUCUGCGUGCUGUCUCUCACCUGCGCAGCCCUGCCUCUGGCCUCUGCGUGCUGUCUCUCACCUGCGCAGCCCUGCCUCUGGCCUCUGCGUGCUGUCUCUCACCUGCGCAGCCCUGCCUCUGGCCUCUGCGUGCUGUCUCUCACCUGCGCAGCCCUGCCUCUGGCCUCUGCGUGCUGUCUCUCACCUGCGCAGCCCUGCCUCUGGCCUCUGCGUGCUGUCUCUCACCUGCGCAGCCCUGCCUCUGGCCUCUGCGUGCUGUCUCUCACCUGCGCAGCCCUGCCUCUGGCCUCUGCGUGCUGUCUCUCACCUGCGCAGCCCUGCCUCUGGCCUCUGCGUGCUGUCUCUCACCUGCGCAGCCCUGCCUCUGGCCUCUGCGUGCUGUCUCUCACCUGCGCAGCCCUGCCUCUGGCCUCUGCGUGCUGUCUCUCACCUGCGCAGCCCUGCCUCUGGCCUCUGCGUGCUGUCUCUCACCUGCGCAGCCCUGCCUCUGGCCUCUGCGUGCUGUCUCUCACCUGCGCAGCCCUGCCUCUGGCCUCUGCGUGCUGUCUCUCACCUGCGCAGCCCUGCCUCUGGCCUCUGCGUGCUGUCUCUCACCUGCGCAGCCCUGCCUCUGGCCUCUGCGUGCUGUCUCUCACCUGCGCAGCCCUGCCUCUGGCCUCUGCGUGCUGUCUCUCACCUGCGCAGCCCUGCCUCUGGCCUCUGCGUGCUGUCUCUCACCUGCGCAGCCCUGCCUCUGGCCUCUGCGUGCUGUCUCUCACCUGCGCAGCCCUGCCUCUGGCCUCUGCGUGCUGUCUCUCACCUGCGCAGCCCUGCCUCUGGCCUCUGCGUGCUGUCUCUCACCUGCGCAGCCCUGCCUCUGGCCUCUGCGUGCUGUCUCUCACCUGCGCAGCCCUGCCUCUGGCCUCUGCGUGCUGUCUCUCACCUGCGCAGCCCUGCCUCUGGCCUCUGCGUGCUGUCUCUCACCUGCGCAGCCCUGCCUCUGGCCUCUGCGUGCUGUCUCUCACCUGCGCAGCCCUGCCUCUGGCCUCUGCGUGCUGUCUCUCACCUGCGCAGCCCUGCCUCUGGCCUCUGCGUGCUGUCUCUCACCUGCGCAGCCCUGCCUCUGGCCUCUGCGUGCUGUCUCUCACCUGCGCAGCCCUGCCUCUGGCCUCUGCGUGCUGUCUCUCACCUGCGCAGCCCUGCCUCUGGCCUCUGCGUGCUGUCUCUCACCUGCGCAGCCCUGCCUCUGGCCUCUGCGUGCUGUCUCUCACCUGCGCAGCCCUGCCUCUGGCCUCUGCGUGCUGUCUCUCACCUGCGCAGCCCUGCCUCUGGCCUCUGCGUGCUGUCUCUCACCUGCGCAGCCCUGCCUCUGGCCUCUGCGUGCUGUCUCUCACCUGCGCAGCCCUGCCUCUGGCCUCUGCGUGCUGUCUCUCACCUGCGCAGCCCUGCCUCUGGCCUCUGCGUGCUGUCUCUCACCUGCGCAGCCCUGCCUCUGGCCUCUGCGUGCUGUCUCUCACCUGCGCAGCCCUGCCUCUGGCCUCUGCGUGCUGUCUCUCACCUGCGCAGCCCUGCCUCUGGCCUCUGCGUGCUGUCUCUCACCUGCGCAGCCCUGCCUCUGGCCUCUGCGUGCUGUCUCUCACCUGCGCAGCCCUGCCUCUGGCCUCUGCGUGCUGUCUCUCACCUGCGCAGCCCUGCCUCUGGCCUCUGCGUGCUGUCUCUCACCUGCGCAGCCCUGCCUCUGGCCUCUGCGUGCUGUCUCUCACCUGCGCAGCCCUGCCUCUGGCCUCUGCGUGCUGUCUCUCACCUGCGCAGCCCUGCCUCUGGCCUCUGCGUGCUGUCUCUCACCUGCGCAGCCCUGCCUCUGGCCUCUGCGUGCUGUCUCUCACCUGCGCAGCCCUGCCUCUGGCCUCUGCGUGCUGUCUCUCACCUGCGCAGCCCUGCCUCUGGCCUCUGCGUGCUGUCUCUCACCUGCGCAGCCCUGCCUCUGGCCUCUGCGUGCUGUCUCUCACCUGCGCAGCCCUGCCUCUGGCCUCUGCGUGCUGUCUCUCACCUGCGCAGCCCUGCCUCUGGCCUCUGCGUGCUGUCUCUCACCUGCGCAGCCCUGCCUCUGGCCUCUGCGUGCUGUCUCUCACCUGCGCAGCCCUGCCUCUGGCCUCUGCGUGCUGUCUCUCACCUGCGCAGCCCUGCCUCUGGCCUCUGCGUGCUGUCUCUCACCUGCGCAGCCCUGCCUCUGGCCUCUGCGUGCUGUCUCUCACCUGCGCAGCCCUGCCUCUGGCCUCUGCGUGCUGUCUCUCACCUGCGCAGCCCUGCCUCUGGCCUCUGCGUGCUCUCUCUCACCUGCGCAGCCCUGCCUCUGGCCUCUGCGUGCUGUCUCUCACCUGCGCAGCCCUGCCUCUGGCCUCUGCGUGCUCUCUCUCACCUGCGCAGCCCUGCCUCUGGCCUCUGCGUGCUCUCUCUCACCUGCGCAGCCCUGCCUCUGGCCUCUGCGUGCUCUCUCUCACCUGUCCUGCAGACCUGGAGGCGAGCAUGGCACCGCUGCCAUGGCCCACACGCAUGGCCAUCGCUCUUGACGUUGCCAAGGGGCUCGCAUACCUGCACGCCAUGACGCCCCAGGAGCCUCACAUCUUGCUUCCCCCCUCUCUAAAGCACCCCCCCGAACCCAAGCGCUCCCCCCACUCACCCACGUGCUCCCCCCACCCUUCCCCCACUCUUCCCACGGGCCAUGCAGAUGACCCACGCGGCGCUGACGACAGCGAGUGUGGCGCUGGACAGCUCCAUGCGCGCCAAGCUCGCCGACUACUGCCUGCCGCUGCUGCUCUCCCACCCCCGCACCCCCGCCGCCACCGCCGGUGCCAGCAGCGCCAACAGGGGUGGUGCUGCCUCGGCGCAUUCGGCGUCUGUGAACAUGGUGAGGUGCUGGUGGUGCUGCCUGGGUGGCAGGCGGGUGCCAUGCAUUUGAGAUGGGGUGAUGUGGCGGAGGGGGCCGAGGGCGGGGAGAAGGGGUUGAGAGGGAGUAGAGAAGAGGGUGAGAGGGGUAUUCACCUUGUUACCUCCGCACCACCUCACCACUCCUCCUGUCCUGCUCUGCCAUUCCCCGGCCCUGCCCCCCACUCCCAACAGGCGGUGGCAGCGGGCACGGCAGCACCGGAGCUGGCGUGGGUAGCGGAGGCAACGCCACGAGUGGACGUGUACGCGUUCGGGGUGCUGCUGCUGGAAGUCAUCUCUGGUCGACGCCCUCUCGACGCCACGCGCCCUCCCAACGAGCAGAGCCUCGUGCACUGGGCCAAGGCACGGUUGACACAGCGGUCACUGGUGGAGCGGAUGGUGGAUCCGCUCAUUGCACGGGCCAUCUCCACCCCUGCACUCUACCAGGUGGCAGUGCUGGCAUCGCAGUGCAUCCAUUCAGACCCCGACACGAGGCCCACCAUGCUGCAGGCUGUGGAGUGCGGGUGCGACGACUGCAACGGCAACUGCGCGGGCAGCAGCGGCGAGUGCGCGUGGAGCAACGGCGAAUCCCGACCCAGUGCGAGCCCGUCGUGCUGCUCCACGUCACCGUCGUACGCGGUGACGCACGCGUCCACGUCGCCAUGCAUCUCCUUGGGCGACAUCGAGCAGCGCGGCCGCCUCUAUAGCGCCACGCGCGGGAUAAACCUCCCCGAGUCAACCACGCCCCUCCUCCCCACCCCUCUCCUUUCCUUCGACGCGGGUACACUGCUCCCCCCGGUUCUCGCCCGGGGAAAUUCCGCUACUUCCGCUUCCGUUUCCGCGAUAAUGGCCUCCGCCGACUCCGCGGGUGGUGAAUUCUCGUCCCCCGCGCGGGACAGUGCCGCGGGGUGGGGCUGCGGAAUGACAAGCGUCGGCACGAGUAGCAACGGCCGCGAUUCCCGUGCGGUUAACGACUCGUCGGACAAACCCGAUAUGGCCGUGAGCCGUGGAGCAUCCUUCAAGCGGAUUGUGGGCUUCGCUAUCAAGGAAGAUGGCUGUGUGAGCCCAAGAAACAGCAGAGACGCCCAGGCGCUUACAGGCUGGGAGGUCGGAAAUCGUGUUUCGGAUGCGCCGGCUAGCGCGGCGGGGUAUGAGGGGCGCGACACUUACGGAAGCGAGCAACAGGAAAAUGCUCCGCCGAGGGGCAGCGAGGGCGCGCCGCCAGCAGAGGCGCAAGUCACGGAGGAUUCGGCGCAGUCGGAGCAGGUUCCGCGCGAGAGCUUCUAUGCGGUGAGCGCGCGGAGCGCAGAGGAGCAAGCAAUGUCGGCGGCGCGGAAUGUGAAAGGGGAGUUGAAGUCCCCGACGCAGAUGGCACCGUCGCAGCGCGCGCAGAACGGGCAGCAGCCCAUGGCGGAGCAACGAGGGGUCACGGGGGAGGCGAGCUCUGCGCGGUGGUGGGUGAGCGAGGAUGGAAGCGGGCGCAAGGCGCGGGAGGAGAGCUGCAUGAGCGGGAGGCAUGGCGACUCGUCGUUGAGAAGAGACGCGAAACGAAUGUCGAGGCUGCGACACUGA